CGGGGGCGCGGAGGCGGCGGUAACGGGAGUGUUUGUGGCCGGCAGGAUGCGGGUCAAGGUGCUGAGCCGGAACCCCGACGACUACGUCCGCGAGACCAAGCUGGACCUGCAGCGCGUUCCAAGAAAUUAUGAUCCUGUACUACAUCCUUUUGAGGUUCCACGGGAAUACACAAGAGCUCUGAAUGCAACAAAGCUCGAACGUGUGUUUGCAAAACCCUUUCUUAGCUCACUUGAUGGCCACAGAGAUGGAGUUAACUGCAUGGCCAAACACCCAAAGAGUUUGUCUACGGUGCUGUCUGGGGCUUGUGAUGGAGAGGUUAAAAUUUGGAACUUGACCAAGCGACAGUGUGUUCGUACCUUACAGGCCCAUGAGGGCUUUGUGCGGGGGAUUUGUGCUCGUUUCUGUGGCACCUCCUUCUUCACUAUUGGUGAUGACAAAACUGUGAAGCAAUGGAAAAUGGAGAGCCCAGGAUACGGAGAAGAAGAAGAACCAAUUCAUACAAUUCUUGGAAAGACAGUGUAUACAGGAAUUGAUCACCACUGGAAAGAAGCUGUUUUUGCCACCUGUGGCCAUCAAGUAGACAUUUGGGAUGAACAAAGGACAAGUCCCAUGUGUUCUCUGACAUGGGGCUUUGACAGCAUAAGCAGUGUAAAAUUUAAUCCAAUCGAGACUUACCUUUUAGGAAGCUGUGCUUCUGACAGAAAUAUUGUGCUGUAUGAUAUGAGACAAUCAACUCCCUUAAAGAAGGUUAUCUUGAAGAUGAGGACAAAUACGUUGUGUUGGAACCCCAUGGAAGCUUUCAUUUUCACUGCUGCAAAUGAGGACUACAACUUGUACACUUUCGACAUGCGCUACCUUACCUCGCCCGUGAUGGUGCAUAUGGACCAYGUGUCUGCUGUUCUGGAUGUGGAUUAUUCACCCACUGGGAAGGAGUUUGUGUCUGCCAGCUUUGAUAAAUCUAUCCGCAUUUUUCCUGUUGACAAAGGUCACAGCAGGGAGGUGUAUCACACAAAGCGAAUGCAGCACGUCAUCACCGUGAAGUGGACCUCGGAUAACAAAUACAUUCUUUGUGGCUCAGAUGAGAUGAAUAUUCGUCUUUGGAAGGCAAACGCUUCUGAAAAACUGGGAGUGCUUGCACCCCGAGAGAAGGCAGCUAUGAACUACAACCAGAAGCUGAAGGAGAAGUUCCAGCACCACCCGCAGAUCAGGCGCAUCGCUCGGCACCGCCACCUGCCCAAAAGCAUCUUCACGCAAGUCAAGGAGCAGCGGAUCAUGAGGGAGGCUCGCAGGCGCAAGGAGCAGAACCGCCGCAAGCACAGCAAGCCGGGCGCCGUGCCCGUCSUGUCGGAGAAGAAGAAACACAUCGUGGCCGUGGUGAAGUAGUGCCCCUGCCUCGGCACGGGGGCUGCGGCUCCAGCUCUUCCCCUUGGGACCUUCCCUUCAAAAGAAGAACGAACGUGACUCAGAGUGGGCAGCAGCAGCUGACUCAGUUCCAUGUACUAGAACCAUAAAAUCAGUUGUCUUCACACAGACUCGUUACAGAAAUCUAAGGAAGUAAAAAAUGACCACAAAGCAGUGGGCUACACUGUGGUUAUUCCAGCUGGCCAGUGUUUAUUGCAGAGUGCUAUACAGGCUUCCUUCUGUCUAAAAGGACUUCAGSAGGGUGGUCAGGCAUGUGUAAGCUCUAAUUAGAGUUGUGGUCACCUUAGCUGGUGUUACAAAACUCGGCAAAACUUCAAAGAUUGUUAAACUUGCUGAUUAAAGAGUAAUGAUGAUGAUUAUCUUGUAGAAAUACCUUUUCUCUUUAGCUUAUUUAAAACUGACUUGAACUUUGCCACUUUUCAUCCAGGUUUUAGAAAACCCCCAAACUUCUUCAAGUGAGUGUUAAAAUAAAUUUUCUGUUUAAAGUUUGUGUUAAAAAAUCUUCACAUAAUUUAAAAGUACCUGCAGUCUCUUUCGUCAUCUUUGUAGAAAAUGCUCUGCUUGCAUCUCAGUGAGUUAAACUUAGCUUUUUACUGAAGAUACAAAAUUCCUCAGAACAGAAAACUCUACCAGGAUUCAGGUAGGUAUCUUAGGCUAAAGCCUUUCUGUUGGAAAGAUGUAAGAUACUUAAUGACAAUAAAUACUAUGAUAGAUUCUUGGCAUCUUUUUUAAUGUUAUAUGACAUUUUAUU